AAAUUCAUCGUUUCUCUAUUCUCUCUUCACGGCGAUCUCUCGGCGAUUUGAACCAAGACCGCAUACCGAUCUGUUCUCGCUCACUCCACACCGUUCUUUCCUGUCAUCCAAGCUUCUCCGCUGAUUCAUUACCAAACCAGGCCAUGGAGUCUCCGGCAAAGUCGCUUAAAGGGAAGAGUCCGAUCAAUAACAAGCAGGAGAAAGAAGAAGAUCAGGCCAUGGAUUCUCCGGGAAAGUUGUUUACAGUGAAGAAUCCGGUGCAAGCUCCGAUCAAUAAGAAGCCAGAGGAAGAAGAUGGAUUCCCCACUCCAGAGGGGGAACCAUUUAGUUUGCAGUUACUUGUUAAGCAAAAUCAAGAAAAUCAGGCCAUGGAUUCUCAGGGAAAGUUGUUUCCAGAGAAGUUUCCGGUGCAAGCUCCGGAGAAAGAAGAUGGAUGGACUUGGCGAAGUCCAAAAAAAAGACCAUCCAACAACGUCGUAAAAAAUCCACCCCAAGGAAGCAUACCUCCGUCAACAGUCAAGAUUUGAACACUUCCUUCUCAAGAACACAUAUAUAAGUCGCAUAUGAUCCUCGCUAAUACAUAAGUGUGUUCGUUAGUACUGCCUUGCAUGGAUUUUGUUUUUAUUUAUUAUUGUUACUAUUAUUUAUCUUAGUAUAUUUUUACUAAGCUGUUUCGUCUACCAUCGAAUUACAGAUAUAUGAUUAAGCAACUGAAAUUCA